UUAGCAGGGGUCGACUCGAGCACCGAGGAGUCAUGGCUCUGGGGUUGGGACCGGCCGCCGCUGCUGCCUACAGUCCGAUGUUCGUGCUGCCGACGCUGAAUUUCACCGUCAAUCAGGUGGCCGCUGUGUGCGAGACUCUGGAAGAGAGCGGAGAUAUCGAACGUCUGGGACGAUUUCUGUGGUCCCUUCCCGUGGCCCACCCCAACUGCGGAGAGCUCAACAAGAACGAGGCCGUUCUGAGGGCCCGCGCCCUGGUGGCUUUCCACACGGGGAGCUUCAGAGAACUGUACCACAUCCUGGAAAGUCACCGGUUCACCAAAGCCUCGCACACCAAGCUGCAGGCGAUGUGGCUCGAGGCCCACUACCAGGAGGCAGAGAAACUGAGGGGCAGGCCCCUAGGACCCGUGGACAAGUACAGGGUUAGGAAGAAGUACCCCCUGCCCCGGACCAUCUGGGACGGCGAGCAGAAGACCCACUGCUUCAAGGAACGGACCCGGAGUUUGCUGAGGGAGUGGUACUUGCAGGAUCCCUAUCCCAACCCGACCAAGAAGCGGGAGCUGGCUCAGGCCACAGGACUCACGCCCACGCAAGUGGGCAACUGGUUCAAGAACCGCAGGCAGAGGGACCGGGCGGCCGCCGCAAAGAACAGGCUCCUUCAGCAACAGAUGCAGCAACAGCACCUGAAGCAGUCAAACGGUGGCGGAAGCAACGCGAGCUCCACUAGCUCGGGCGGGCUCCUGCACUCCUCCGGCGGCAUCGGUCCCGCGCUCAACGGCGGCGGGAGCGACGGCGGCGCCGGCGGAAAGCACCGGCGGCACCCCUCGGACAGCCCCGGCGGCGCCAACCGCCACGACGACGAUGACGACCGCGUCAACAUCCUCGACGACGACGACGACACCAACGGCAGUUUCGGGAGUCUGUGCGGGAGCAGCGCGCCGCCGAGCAGUCCGGCAGCGGUCUCCACGACGUCCGACUCCAGCCGGAGUCCGUCUCCUGGACAUCACCACCAUCACCGCCACCCGCACCAUCACCAUCACAAUCACCACAGGCCGCCGCAGCCGCCUCAGUGACCGGGACUCGAAGCUAAAGCAAUUAUUGGUCGGUAGAGGACGGAUGUCGCGUGUGGUGUGUGUAUAUAAAUAUAUAUAUAUAUAUAUGGACGUAUAUGACUCGCAGGACGGUUUAGUGCGCCGAAUGCUGCUUGUUGACAACGAUGACGAAAAGUCAUUGCUGUCGAAAUCACCCCCAUUUUGCCAGUGACGCAAUUGUGCAAAAUAACACGAAUGGGCAUUGAUACAGUACAACCAUCUAUCCAACGCUACAAAACAGGAUCCUAUAGUGUGAAUCUGAUGAAUUGAGCUAUGACUUUGGCAUUGUUUCCUCUUUUGGGAGUUAUAAAAAAAGGUAAUUGGCGUUGAAUUGACUUGGGUCUUUUUCGUAGUAGCUUUGCAAAAGUAUUUCAACUCAAAUCAGAGCCAAUAACACACCUC